AUGGAUGAGGAUCGAGGUAAGAAGUAUCCGUACGAAUUUCUGACACAGGCUACUUCUCCGAGGGGACGACAUGACUCGGAUAGCACUAACCCAAGCAGCAAACCCCUGAGAUCACCUUCGGAAUUGGACGAAUCAAGUGUGAUCACAGAAGACUUGGAUGAAAUUUUGGUUGACAGCGAGAAGAGUAGCCAAUUCGAAAAGGGCGAGGCGUGGGACAACUUCGCGAAAGGUGAUAUCUCGGAAACAAGAAUCGAGGUGUCGUUCGAUUCAACGCCUGACCUUGAGAAACAGAGCAUUGAUGCUUGCACUUUUUCGCCUGACGGAAAAUAUUUGGCCACCUAUUCGGCGGAGCAAGGAAGGAUUAUGAUAUGGGAGACCGAUCAACUGAUGAAAGGCGGGGGCGCAGCUUUUUGGUAUUCAAAGACUGGGUCCACCGAUUUGGAAAAACGACCUUAUUGGCAAAAGAGAGCGAGUUUCGCACCGGCCUUUUCUAUGAAAAGGGAGAUGACCGAUGUCGACUUUGCCCUUGCCAACGACGCCAAGUUUGUCGCACUUGGCGCCAUCAAACUCCCUCAAGACGAACACGACCCCGAACCCUUUGAGUUGCUCGUUCCUCCGCCCAUGAAGAAAGGCAAGAUAUUCACUUAUGUCGUAAACACUCUACGUGACAAGCCCAUCCUUCGGGAGGACCUCAUCAAGUUAAAAGGGUCAAUCAAGUUUACGCAAGAUGACGAAUCUUUUAUUGUAUGCGAUGUGGAAUACGACUAUCUCAACGUCAACAAUUACAAGGGAAACUUUAUCUACGUCUACUCGACGAAUCACUGGAGAGUCAAACACAAAUUGAUCAUUGACGUGUUCUCCGCGUCACUCCGCGUGCUGCCUCACCCGUGGAUUCAAGCAAAGAUAGUCAGGAAUUCCUUCUUGCAAGAUUAUUUUGUUAUCGUUGAACAGUGGGAUGUGGCAUCCUUGUGGUCGUUGUCUACCGGACAGUUGGCGAUCCGCUUUAAGUGCGUCCCAAAAGAUUCGUUCCUGGAUUCGGACGCUUCGCCAACUCUGUUUGCUUUGUCCCACAAUAAGAAAAUGUUGGCGACCUGGACAUCAAAAGGGAUCAUGACGAUAUUCUUGUGCGAAGGGGGAUUGGUGUUUUCCUCGUCCAUCAAUGAUACUUCGGAACAGGCAAUUUAUGAUGCAAGUUCGAUCAAGAGGAAUCUACUGUGGUUAGAGGGCGACGAACACGUGGUGACCAUUAACGCGGACAAUGCCGACAACCAUCAUCUCUUGCAGAUCUGGGACAUAUACACCUGUCGACCGGUCAUCAGGAAUAGUAACCUUGGCAGCUCCUUUGUCUUCGAACCGAAUGGACGGGAUUUCUACGUGUCCAACACCGAACCGGUGCCAACGAUUCAUAGAAUCACGACACCGCUUUCUCAAAGGAGGGUACCGAUCGAAGGUCUACAAUUGCAACCCAUAGGAAAGCAUUAUUACUUUGAACGUGGAUUCACCAAGAUCUACUCGUACAACAAGAAACUGUUGUACGAGGCGGAACCAGGGCGAGAGCAUGAGUACUUCUUACGCAAUGAUCAUCCCAUAGUCAACAUUCACAUAGAGCCGUGGCUCGCCUUCACACCGAUCAAGUCGGGCUUUUGUCUGGAUAAAAAAAGGGAACGGGUCGUGUACAUCGGUCACUACACGGUGCAAAUUUGGAUCUUCAAAGCCGGGGCGGAGCCCGAAUUACAAUACAUCUGGUGUAAGCCCGUCAAGGACAAAGGUCGGAAGGGAGUGAGGAGUAGAACCAUAUUUGCGACCAUCGAGGAGGCGAGCCUCGGCAGGACUCAGGAUGGCAAACACGUGUUGAAACUUCAGUGUGACGUCGAAGAAAAUGAUAAAAGAAGCUUUUCAAACAUUCAAAACACGACCAACUACCCGUUAAUCGAUAAAAUUCAGGAGUACAAGGAACGCCCAAGAAAUUUGACGGCCAUCGACAGGGACUCGAUAUUUCAGUUCGAUAUGGUGCUCCCCGAGGAAAACGAAACGGCGACGUUUGAUAUAAUAGCUAGCGCCGCCGAGUCUUUGGGAUACCUCAGUUUCGUGGAAAGAAAAUACUGGAUUCAAAUUAGUUCCGGGAAAAUUCAUGAAUACUUUGGGAAACUGCUUGACAAGUGUCAGACUAUAAUCACCAAUGCCAUGCAUAACAAUUCAUAUGUGUUUAAUCAAAUCAUAGAAUCUCAAUCGCCUCUGGACAUCCUCAUCAAGACCGAUUGUCAAUACGCGGACAACAUGAUUAAAGA